AUGUCUUUCCUCCAACGUCGCCAGGAUCCUGGCACAGAUGCCCCCGCUCCUGACCCCUCUGUCUGCACUAUGGACGAGACGGCCAACGACUGGUACGGGGUGCGCAUCGCCUCCAUUUUCGUGAUCCUCAUUGGUUCGCUCCUUGGUGCCGCCAUACCAAUCUACCUUGUGCGCUACCGCAACAGCGAGCGCAUGGGCUUCUCCAAGCUGGCCUUCUUCAUCUCAAAGUACUUUGGCACUGGCGUCAUCGUCGCCACGGCCUUUAUGCACCUUAUCUCGCCUGCAAAUGAGAUCCUUGGCAUGGACUGUCUCAAGCCGCUUCUUGGCGACUACGACUGGUCCAUGGGCAUUGUACUCAUGACCGUCAUGGCCAUGUUCUUCAUUGAGAUGAUUGGCGCCUGGUUUGAGAACAGGAGCAACGACAAGGCCGGACACAGCGACGCGCUCGCGGUAUCCAAGAAGAGCGACGAGGAAGAUGGCAGCUCGAAGGAGGCGACUGGCACUGGCGUUAAGGAUGCAGGUGCCCCCGCAGACGGUGGCAUGCCAUCUAACAUUCGCGGCGAGGAUCAUUUGGGACACGGCCGCGCUCACAACGAGGGCGAUACCCACCUGGCUUUCGCUGGCAAGAUGACAUCGAUCAUUAUUCUCGAGGCCGGUGUCAUCCUGCACUCGGUCUUCAUUGGUUUGACGCUUGCUGUUUCAUCCGAGUUCAUCAUUCUAUUCGUCGUCCUGGUCUUCCACCAGACCUUUGAGGGGUUGGGUCUGGGCUCGCGGCUUGCCACGUUUGAUUGGCCCGCCGACAAGCGCCGCUGGACUCCUUGGAUAUUUGCUUUGAUGUACGGCCUUACCACGCCUAUCGCCAUUGCCGCCGGACUGGGCGUGAAGGAUGCGCUCCAGGCGGCGCCGACGACCAGGUACAUGGUCGAGGGAAUCAGCAACGCCAUCAGCGGUGGAAUCCUGCUCUACACGGGUCUGGUGGAGCUGCUGGCCCACGAGUUCAUCUUCAACCCUGAGAUGGAUCGCGCGUCGCUCCGCUACAAGCUCUUUGCUUUUGGCUGUAUUGCAGCCGGCGCAGGGCUGAUGGCUCUGCUGGCCAAGUGGGCUUAA